AUGCCAGUAGAAAAAGAAGGAGGUCUCCGAGGUUGGAUGACGAUUGCGGGAGCUUGGUUGAUACAGUUCAGCACAUUUGGUUAUGUCUAUUCUUAUGGAGUAUAUCAAGACUACUACACACGGGUUUUCUUAACGAACCAUACGCCGAGCAGCAUUGCGUGGAUUGGAAGCUUUCAGCUCAUGAUGCCCUUUGCUCUCGGGCUAGUUUCCGGAAAGCUCUUCGACGCAGGUUAUUUCCACCACCUAAUUGUCUUGGGCUCCGUAAUUUUCACAUUCUCACUCUUCAUGGUGUCUCUGGCGCAACCCAAUCAAUAUUACCAGGUUUUCUUGAGUCAAGGUCUGGGGAUGGGCCUUGGGAUCGGGCUUGUGUUCGUCCCAACGGCCUCGAUUUGUGCGCUUCACUUUAAGAGGCGUAAAGCCCUUGCGACGGGUAUCGUCUUCAGCGGAAGCUCCGCCGGCGGUCUGGUUUUUCCCAUCAUGCUCAAUCACCUCCUCCUCUCAAAGGGAUAUGCGAAUGCCGUGCGAUAUACAGCGUACAUCGUCCUUGGCUGUCUCACGAUUGGAAACUUGCUCAUGAGGAAGCCGCUUCCAACUAACACACAGAAGCCGGUCCCACCCAUGAUCGCGAGCUUCUUUAGAGAGCCGGAAUAUCUUAUGACCAUCCUGGGGUACGUAUCUUUCCUGAUGUUCUAUGGAAUAUUUUUCCCAGUUGUGUACUUGCAAUUAUACGCAGUUCUACACAAAGUCGACGGGAACCUUGCCUUCUACUCGUUGGCCAUUUUGAACGCAUGCAGCUUUGUGGGUCGCAUCUUUGGAAAUUUUUUUGCAGAUACCUAUGGAGCAUGGAAUCUAUUGAUUCCAACGACUGCCAUCGCGGGUGGUACUAUUUGGGCUGUUUUGGGAGUGCAUGAUGAAGCCACCCUGAUUGUUGUAGCGAUGGUGUAUGGUUUCUUUUCAGGGGCAUGGUUAUCAUUAUCAUUCGCGGCACUUGGUUCGCUCGCUCAGUCUCCGAGUGAAAUUGGGUACGCUGCCCGAACGGGUCUCGUAUUGGCGAUUUCAAGUUUAGGUUGUCUUUUCGCCGCACCAACGCAAGGCGCUCUUCUAUCUCGAACUUACUUGUGGAUUCGACCAAUUGCGUUUUCAAGCGUAAGUACCCUCUCACUCAUGCUGAACCUGGAAAUAUCUUGA